UUACUUCUACAUUUAAAGUUAAUGCAAUAAGAUCACCACAUAAACGACAAUGUUUCAACAACAAAAAAAAGAAAGAAAGAAAAACAGGCUUAUGAUUUAGUGAGUGUAUGUAAAACUACAUGCGGCCUCAGCUGGUUGCUUCCUCCGGGUAGUCCCGCCCCCUGUGCGUAAAGGACCAGGCGCGCUUUUACGCAGUGCUUUCAUUUGGAGCAAAUUGGAGCGCGAGCACAGGCAGGACACGCACACAUGGGUUUUCUACUCCAAGUUGACGAUACCUUACCGAAAGGAUGACUAUGGACGCUUUCGAUCAUCUACGGGGAUUGCAUGAAACUCUUGGAAAGAUGCCGGGCGCCAACGUCUCCAAGUCACAGCGCGAAGACAAUGAGACCAAGAAUUCAUGUGGUGGAUCUGUGUCAGUUGGUUUUCCCAUAACCAUGAUGAUCACUGGCAUGGUGGGCAACACUUUAGCUCUUAUUCUGGUAUAUAUCUCGUACAGAAAGAAGGAAAAUAAAAGGAAAAAGUCGUUUUUGCUUUGCAUUGGCUCGCUGGCGCUAACUGACCUGUUUGGACAGCUUUUGACGAGUCCCAUAGUGAUAUCAGUCUACCGAGCUGGUAUGAAGUGGCAGCACAUCGACUCGUCUGGCAAUCUGUGCGCUUUCUUCGGGGUGUGCAUGACAACCUUUGGCCUGUGCGCCCUCUUCUUGGCCAGUGCCAUGGCAAUCGAAAGGGCUAUGGCGAUAACAAACCCGCACUGGUACUCCAGUCACAUGAAGACAAGUGUGACAAAGCAGACUUUGGCUGUCAUAUGGUGUCUGGUGUUGCUGUUUGCCCUGCUGCCCAUCGCGGGGGUCGGGGAAUACAAGCAGCAGUGGCCCGGGACCUGGUGCUUCAUCAGCAUAGGGGAAAGAAAAGUCCGCGGCAAUAUGUUUUUCGCCAUCACUUUCGCCGGACUUGGGAUUUUCUCUCUGCUUGUCACGCUUUCCUGCAAUGUAGUGACGAUCCGGGGCUUGAUUAUCCGCUGCAAAACAAAGUCUGGCACGUCUCAGUCUUCAAAACAUUGGGAACGUCUCACAACGGAGACCGUCAUUCAGCUGUUAGGAAUUAUGUGCGUCCUGCUUAUAUGCUGGUCUCCUCUGCUGGUUCUGAUGGUGAACAUGAUCUACACCCAGGUUUCCUCUCAUCGGUGCAAUUUAACAGCCCCCCUCAGUCAGACCACAGGACCAGAAGACCAUUUCGACUGUAACUUUUUCCUGACGGCGAUCCGCUUGGCCUCCCUCAACCAGAUCCUGGACCCGUGGGUGUACCUGCUCUUCAGGGAGAUCCUCUUGCGCAAGUUCUGCAUCGUGGCUAACGCAGUGUCCAACUGCUCCUUAGAUGAUCGGAAGGAGACCCAGACUGCACUGGAUGCCCUUAACAAGCAGAACCAUGACGACAACAUCAUCCAUAAACCACAAAGUAGCUAGGCUUUGACAGGGAGUUCUUUCUUGUGACUUUGACGCCAGGAUGGAUGGAAUGGAUACACUAUUGUCUUGGAAUUAUUGUGGAAAAACAAGGAGAGUUGUAUCCAUGUCAUCCACAAAAGGAAUUUCUGCAGGAGGAGACAAGACAGACCUCAGCUGCACUGAUAAUAGGAGCCAGCUGAGUCUGCUUUGGGUGCAAUUGUUUUGCUGAGGCCACACUGAAAAUCACCUAACCAGCAUGUGGAUGCAUGACCUGGUCACACUAUCUACAUUUGGCUGCCAGGAACUUUCUCAUUGCUUGUUUUCACUUUUGAUAACAUCUCCCAGUCCCAAGAAUUGAAUAUGGGUGACUCUGUGGUGACUCAUAUGAAAGUGGUGCAUCUCUUGCUAAACUGAGUCAUUGCUUUCAACAACUUGAAGCCAUAAUCCAACUAAAGGACAAAUCGUUUUUGUGAAUGUUUGAAAAUUAAAAAAGAAACUGUAAACAGCUUAUGAAUAGUUUUAAAUAGCUUUUCCAUAUCUUUCAAGAAAUGUAAAAUAUUUGUUUAAGGAUUGAUAGUCAUUCAGAAGAAAAUGCAAAUCCUAAACUGGAGCCAAUUGUUGAUUGCAAGAUAUUUAUUAGUGUAUGUCGCCUAUAAGUUGAUGUAAAUUUUAUGAAAUACGAUAUGUCAUGUUCCUCGGCCAGUGGCCAGGACUAAGAAAUGUGAAGUUACUUUGCUGACACCUUUCCUCUUGAAUAUGAAUGCACUGGUAAACUUAGAUUUGUAAAUAUUUUCUCAGCAAUUUUCUUUGCAGAAUAACUUUGGAAAAGGAAUUUAUUUGUGGCAUUCAACAGAGAUAACAAAUGACAAGGUGGUCGGAUACUGCAGUUACAGGGCUGUAGCCAUCAUUGGAAAAUUCCUGCCUGUUUCACUGGAUUAAAGCUAUUAUUGUUUUGUAAUUGCACAAUGUGUAAGGACCAGUGUACUCUGAUUGAGCCAAGUCUUUUUGGAGAGAAAAAAGUAAAUAGAGAGAGGGGUGCUCUUUAGAUACGAGGCUGAUGAUAGAAUGGUGUAAAGACAUGUCCAAACUGUCCAAAACACCUUUUUAUUUGAGCUACACGAAUCAUCAUUUGGUAAUACCCAGGGCUGUGAGCGAAAUAAUUCAUGAUAAAACGAUAAAAAAUACUCCGUGAAUACAUUUUUUACCUUAGCAAAUAAGUCAAGUUUAAUUUUAGAGCACAUUUAAAAGCAACAAACGCUGACCAAAGUGCUUUACAAGAAGAUUACAUAAAACAUAGGAACUGACAAAUAAAAACACAAGAAUUAAAGUAAGAUACAUAUAGUUGAAUAGAUACAAAAUUAUAAUACGGAAAAUUACAAAAUCAAACAAAGUAUUUGAAAGCAUACAUAAAAAAACAAAUGUAAAAUAACCAAAUGAAAACACUGGAAAAUGUAAAAGUGUAGGGAGGUGGACAGAGAGUCUAUAACCACAACUGUGAUAGUUUACAAAAAGAACGAUUGCACUUAAUUUACAUUUUUUAGUUUCAUGGUAGGCGGCAACCAGAGUUAAGGUGUGAUACCGAAAUGUAGAGGCAUAUGAAAAUUGGUAUUUAAUUUGAAAAUGUCAAGAUUAUUGUCUAUAAUGGGAUAUUGUGACAGUCCUAUUAAUAACCAUCUCCACAGUCUCAUACAUCUUUACAGAUGAAUUUCAAAAAGUUGGAACUUUGGAGCAAACAAAACACAAAAAUAUCCAAAAUUAUUUUUUUUUAAAAGUUUUUUGCCUCAUUUAGAGCUGCUUGUGUGCUGUGACUUCACAAGCUGGCCUUAAAAAUGUCUACAGGGUGUUUUGUCCAUGUUUAUUAGCCACAUGAAUCCAUGCAUUAUUUUUUGUGGUGACGCGUCCAGUCAUGUUGAACAUGUCCCUCCAUCAUUUUUGUCUUUAUUGUCCAAAACCUAUCCUUGUAGCGCUGAUGCUACCUCUAAUCAGAAGUAAAUGUAAAUGUACGGUGCAAUUUACUCAGAGGUCUCAGGUGAGUGAGGUGGUUUGGUGUUGUUAUACGUUGUCAUGUGUAGCACCAUCUCACUGGUUACAUGCCGUAAAUGUAUCUAAAGAGGUCUGUCGAAGUCCUAUCUGACACGUUUGCUCUCAUGGUAACCUUCAGUGGGACAAUUUCUCACCUCGACAUCACAACUCUGCCUUCUCGAAACAUCGGCGAACAAGAUUCGAUUCACUCCGCCUUGCCUGUUCAUGCCUUUGCCUUUCGAACGUGAGGAGCUCAGUGAUAUGAGCCCAUGUGACAGAUGGUUAUUUACAGUUUCCAUGCAACAUGACUGUGAAGCCAGUCUGCCUUAGAAGGAAACAAGCAUAAUUAUACAUGAUUAUUCUGGAGCUCAUUGUACAGCGAGGUUUCCAGACUCUACUUCACUUGUGACAACACUAAUAUAUUCCUCAACAAGUAAUCUGUUUCGUAAAGAGCUACCACGCUGAUGUGAGGUGGGUUCAUUUUAAUGAACGGCGCACUAAUUGAGCUUGUGGCGCUGCAUUAUGAGCCCUCAUUCUGAGCAUAUGUUCACCUUGUGCAAGAGUUAAUAUACACUUUAAAAGUAACAUCUGGGGUUUAAUCUGCGCGUUUACAGCAAUGAUUACAUUUAUUCUCAUGUUGUAGUGGGAUUUACGAUUGAUUCAAUUCAGCUUCUACUUGAAUCUGCAUCGUGUAAUUAUCUCAGUGCUCUGUCCAGGAGACUCUGAAGCAACCUGCUCUUUUGAGAGCAAAAUAAUUCGACAGUGGAAUAUGCCCUUGGUGCUAUUCCUCUCCAAGGUCCUAUAUCCCCCCAACCCCCACAGUGGAAAAGGAAACGGCAGAAUAAUAAUUAAUUCUCUGUAAACAGACAACACCAGACAUUUCAACUGUCCUUCAUGGACCCAUAAAGCCUGCAGUGUUUACAGGAAGUGCUUUCUGUGAUUCACAGUAUACCCUCAUGAAUUAUGAAUGUUCAUUACAACCAUGGGAGCCAUGAAAGUACUCCACAUGAUGUAAUGACAGUGAUAGUUGGUAGUUGAUAGUUUGGCCUUAUUAAGAGGUGUGUCAGAGUCUAGUUGACUUUGCUCUGCAAUCAUUGCCACGUUAAGUUCAAAAUUACUCUUUAGCCUCUUUUAGAAAUGACACUCGUGCUUCAAUUGUUGGGUUUGCUCAAGUCUUUGAAUGAUGUUCAUCUGUCUAAGGAGUCGUCUCUUUCAGCAGGCACUAACAAAUGAGAGUACUGCUCCGGCUACGGAGGGAGUGUACAAUUACAUAAUGAUUUGAAACAGGCUUUAUGAGGGCCGGAGAAUCCGGUUAUGCCAGCUGGCUCCAUCUCUCUCACUCAAGUCACUAAUGUAUGGAAGUGAUUUACUGAUUGCCUCGUGAGCUGAGGAGUCACCUGAUGUCUCAUGAUCUUGAGGCAAAACACGUUUGUUUCAGCAAUGUUUAAGCAUUUUGAUAUUUAGCAUUUUACAGUUUUUCGUCCACAGUGCUGUCCUUGGAAAUCUUACAGUUGGUGCUUUCAGUAUCCCUUCGAGCACAGAAAUAGGCAUUCUUGUCUUUAUAACAUCUUUAUCACCAAACUGUUCCAAUAUCAACCUAAGCCAAGCCCAGACACAUUUUUGAGGCCCACACACUGCGUGGAAUGAUGAUGCAGAUGGCCAGAUGUCAGCAAAGAGUGAACCAAAUAAAACAGAAUUGGCCACAAAUCUGAGCCACGGUUAAUUUAUAUUCUGGUGAGCUGGAUCUGAACCAGGCUUGGGCAGAUCCGGCAAACAGAAGUGGGCCGUCGAGGUGCCGUCAUUAAACGCGGUACGUGGACUGGAUGAACAUGUCUGGCACAAAUUUGCUGUCUUUGAUGCAGAAAAACAGAAAAGCAUUCUAUUUCCUGUAAACUUCUGGUGCUGGAUAAGGUCACUCAUUGAGCCAGAAGGACACUCUGAGCUCAACCAUUGUACAUGUCUGGAUAUAUUUCCAAGAUUACUUGAAUUAUCAUAAAUCUAUUUGUGUCUAGCUGAGGUAAUUGAAUGAACCCCAUGAAACCACUGUCCCCAAGCACUCCAUAAUAACUGCUUUCUGUAAUUUGAACAACAUAUGUAGGCUGACAGAGGAUUACGGGUGCCUAUGAUUGUGAAUUGCAGCAUUGACUCUGCCAAGGACAAAUGCCAAAUCUGGCAAUUUAAAUCAAAGUGAAAACAAAUUUGUGUAUCCGCCCCGGGGAUUCAGAACCUCUCCGACAUUUAAUUCUUCCAUGGCCCACCCAGCAACCUUUUACCAUCAUCCUGCUCACAAACAAACAAACAGAACCGGUAAAUAUUAAAGGAGUAGAGAAAGUCAGCAGUUUGCCAGUGAGCAGGUGUGCUUUCUAGAAAGAACUGGAAAAGAUUUCUGAUGAAAUCACAGACUGGCCCAGCUAGUUAACAUGUGAGCAGUUCACUGAUACGUGCUGAUCUUGUGCUGCCAUUCACAGCUGCCAAGAAUAGUUUCCUCGUCAAGCGUCAGUGAUGUGAAACUGUCAUCGUAUGCAUUUUCAAAACUGAAAACCAUUGAAGGCUAGAUAAAUCAAACACCUCAGUAUCAUCAACCCAGCAGGUACAACAGGUGUCUCUGAAGUAUGUUCAAAGGGCACAUGUUGGUGUCACAUGUGCAUACAGUGGAUGGGAACAGGUUUGGCUCACCAGCCACAGCUCCUCUGAUGAAUGUAAAUGGAUAACAGAUGUCUAUCAGAUGUUCGUUCUCUUAUCUUUUUUUUCACAUAAUGCCUCCGCUUCAGAAUGUUCAACCGCAACUCUGUGCAGCUCUGUGACACAAUUCUCAGAUGAGGGCUAACUUUCACACAGCUACUGUGUCCUUAUCAGUGCUCUGUCUCUUUUCACUGUGUGUUCUCCUGAGGAAUGGUGUUAGUGUUGCAACCUUUUGGAGUUUUGCAUUUUGACGUAUCUGUCAUAGAUAGGUUCAUGUAAAAUGAAAUGAGAUAGGGUGAAAAGAAAAAUAUCUACCUACCUGUCAAAGUGUCCUUUUGGUACUUUAUGUCUUUGUCCUCUGUUUGACUUCUGUCAGUUCAACAUUGCAAUGCACUUUUUGAUUCAUUCUAUCGCAGUGCUGUUGGCUUCUGUGUUGGUGUUACGUUGUAAUUCUAUUAAAGGACAUGAACAUAAUUUUUAAA